AUGUUUUUCCUCGAAGCGCAUCAGCAAUUACGGAAGGGUCAGCUAGAUUUAUCUAACAUUGAUUACGUCCGUGUUGGUGGUUUAUUACUUCAAAUCUACCGCGGUGAUUUCGUUGAUGAUAACUCGUUGAUAAGCCAUUUACGGUCUUUCCUUCCUUUUCCGCCACGGCUAACGAGGCAGUAUGGUGUUAAUCAGAGUUCGUUUGAGAAACAAGUGCUAGCAGAGUAUAGUAGUUUACGUGGUAUGCAACGCGGGUCUGCCAUAAUUUCG